GUGCUUUCCAGCAGCUACGAAGGUUAUAAUGCAAGCGUAGUCGUGGUAAAGAUGCAUGCAACGAGUAAUUAAAACGAGAAUGCAAGGAAGCUUUUUUUUUUUUUUUUUUCUUCCGGGGAGGUGGAACUCGAGCAGCGGGCGCAACCUAGCACCACGAGUUGUUGGAUUGUUCGUUUUGUCGUUGCGAAUGCAGGGCGAGGCGUUUUUAUUUUUGUUAAUUAAUUUUCCAAGGAACAAAAGUCACUAACUGCAGCAACAAAAAAUAAAAUUAGGGCACAAUAGGCCUGCGUUGCAGUGUUAUGUGCAAGUGCACGAUUGUUUUGUUUUGCUGAAGCCAUUUAUUUCAAUUUCACUCCGCGCGUGGUCAAUAGAGGGCUCAGUGCGUCCACCAGCGACACACUCGCGAAGAGAAGCGGCGGCGCCGGUGAGCCAAUGGGCGCGCGCCGCUUGCUUUCCUCCUUGCCCCCCUUCCUCCGGCGGCGGCGAAGCCGAGUUGGGCCGCGCGCGCCCGGGAACACGGCAUUCGCUUUCCUGACUCGCUCCGAAGCAGCAGCAACAGCCGAAAUGUCUGGACGUGGCAAGGGCGGCAAGGGGCUCGGCAAGGGUGGCGCCAAGCGUCAUCGCAAGGUCUUGCGUGACAACAUCCAGGGCAUCACCAAGCCUGCCAUCCGUCGUCUCGCUCGCCGUGGUGGUGUCAAGCGCAUCUCUGGCCUGAUCUACGAGGAGACGCGCGGUGUCCUCAAGGUGUUCCUCGAGAACGUGAUCCGGGAUGCCGUCACCUACACUGAGCACGCCAAGCGCAAGACCGUCACAGCCAUGGACGUCGUGUACGCUCUGAAGCGCCAGGGCCGCACCCUCUACGUUUGGACGCUCCCGUCUCCUUCUUCCGCUAUGGCCAGGACAAAGCAAACCGCCCGCAAGAGUACCGGCGGGAAGGCUCCGCGUAAGCAGCUUGCCACCAAGGCUGCUCGCAAGAGUGCACCUGCCACCGGCGGUGUCAAGAAGCCGCAUCGUUAUAGGCCGGGCACCGUGGCCCUGCGUGAAAUCCGUCGUUACCAGAAGUCGACCGAGCUGCUGAUCCGCAAGCUGCCGUUCCAGCGCCUGGUGAGGGAAAUCGCGCAGGACUUCAAGACCGACCUGCGAUUCCAGAGCUCGGCUGUGAUGGCUCUUCAGGAGGCUAGCGAGGCCUACCUGGUCGGUCUCUUCGAGGACACCAACCUGUGCGCCAUCCAUGCCAAGCGCGUUACCAUCAUGCCCAAGGACAUCCAGCUGGCCCGCCGCAUCCGUGGCGAGCGUGCCUAAGUUCGACCGCUGUCUGCACCGCGCAGCCUUGCGUCAGGCAAGCAACACAAAACGGUCCUUCUCAGGACCACCUACAUGUCUGCUUCGGCUACGGGAAUACGCGAGACCACGUACUCCGAACCGUACCC